AUGGAGAAUAAACAGCAGCAAUUACUCUUAGGAAGGGAAACUAACCCAGCAACCGAAAACCAGUCCUUUGAGAUGCUAAAAGAACUAGCAUUGAAGUGGUUUAUGGAGACGCAGGUUCCUCUUAUAUUACAGAAUGGUAUUUUACCUGAGUGGUUCUAUGGAUUCAUUACAAGAAAGCAGAGUGAAGAGCUGCUUAAAGACAAAGAUGUUGGCUGUUUUCUUAUCAGAUUAAGUGACAGAACAAUUGGUUACAUUCUGUCAUAUAGAGGAAAAGAUCGAUGUCGGCAUUUCGUCAUUAAUCACCUACGGAAUGGACAUUAUGUAGUAUCAGGGGAUACCUGUACCCAUGAAAGCCUUGCACAGCUGAUAGGCUAUUACCAGACUUCAGAAAUCGAGCCUUUUGGAGAAAAUCUUACAACAGUUUGUGCUCAGCCAAUUGAGAACAGUUUAUAUGAUGAGAUCGCUUUGGAUCAGCAAACCUCUUCAAAGCAAAGUAAAUCAAACAGUGGAGAAGUCAAUCCCUUGCUGAUAAGGCAAGCGUCUGGCAGCUCACAAACCACUGUGCUAAUGAAGGAAGCCACCUCUCUACCUCCAAAGUCAAAGAAAGAGCACAAGAACUUAUCAGGAGAAAGAAAGAACUUUAACUCCCAGGAUCCAGACAUAGCCCCACCACUGCCGGAUAGGAGCAGCUUGCUUAUGCAGGAGACAUUCAAGCAAGAUUUAAACGAUCAAGGAAACAUUGUAUAUGCAGAGCUGAACAAACACCAUAUGAAUGGCAGAGGCCUUAGUUUGGAGACCCACUCUGCUACUGACAAAAUCCUCAUUGAGAAAUCAGGCUGUUUAUCACAAGGUGACACCCAGCAAAAACCAGGAGAACCAGACCAAGCAAACUACUCUCCUAGCAAAAAAAUCAGCUCGGUGUAUGCUUUGGCUAAGCAAGCCGAACGUUUUUAUGACAAAAAAAUUGAUCUUAUAAAACCAUCGCCUACAGAAACUGUUUAUUCUGAAGUUAUGCUUGAGCAAGGCAAAAGCAAUUCCUCACUUCCUUGGGGUCAAAGGGUCCAUUCCCUAUCCCUUUGUCCAUCAACUUCUGCAGACACAAAGAAGUUGACAUUAAGUACUCCUGCUACAACACCCCCUAAGUUGUCUCCGAAGUUACCCAUUAAAGGUAGGACCUCUGUGGAGUUCCAAGAUUCAGAACAGCUAUUUCCAACCUAUGCAACCUGCCUCCAAAGCAAUGAAGGGCUUAGAAAACCAAACAACAAGAUCCUUUAUGAUUCAUCGACACAUAGCACAUAUGGGCAGAUUGAGAAAGUGAAAGCUUGUAAGCCUUUUGCUUCUGGCUCUGAUAAUGGAAACAAUACUUAUGAACAGAUUCCUGUCGGACGGCCAAUGUCAUCUACCCAUGAUCAAGCUUCUGAGUCUUCUCUAGUACAACCCAAUGAUACUUAUGAUGAGGUGUCUUUGAACACAAGAUCCUCCAGAACAGAGAACUGUACUGAAAAUACAUAUGAAAAGAUCCCUGAAAAUUUCCAGAAAGGCUCAUCUGCAAAGCAAAUUCCUGCUCCUGAUAACACGUAUGAGCAAAUUCCUCUAGACCUUGUGAAGGGAGCAGAAGCAAAACCAAACCAGAAGAUGGACAAGCGAAGAAGAUUUUUUUUUGCUGACAAGAAGAAUAAAUCAUGA